AUGUUAUUGAGUCGUCCGUGUCGUGUCUCGUGUUGUCGUUCAUUGAGGGUGUGGGUUGGAUGGGCACUUCAUCGCCUUGAACGAUCACCAGCGGAGUUGGGUGGUCGGUUAGGGCUCUGGGGAUGGGGUCAGGGCGAGAUUCUGUUGGCCCAAGAUCAGAAGGAUGCUCGACGCCACGUGAAUCGGUGGCAGUGGGCGAGUGAGAUGCGGCAGAGUUGGCUGUAUCUGUUGGGUUUGCAGCUGCUUCUUGGACUGCUAUCGCUAGCUUGUCAGCAAUCAAUAGUUGCGUCAGAGCAGCUCUAG